GUAAAACUAGUAAAUGCAAUUUUUAUAAAUGAAUCCAGUUUAUGGUCCUGAUUUUUUUUAUCAGAAACGGAGUUAUUAUUUUAGCUUUAUACUUUUAUAACGUAUGAGAAAAACGCGACGAGGAUUAUUGAGCCAUUCAAUAAUUUAUUAUCCAGUUUAAUAACUGACUUAGCAAAGUCAAGUUAUUAAUAGAAAUAUUAUUUCUAUUAUUUACUUGGAAGUCGUGAUCUAAUUCCGAAUCAUAAGAACGAGUUAAAUUAGAUAUUUAAUUCGUAGAGAGUUAUAACGAAGCGUCGUUAUUUAGUAGAACCCAAUAUUAGUUUUACAAAUACUUGAUUAAUUAAUAUUAAUCAAGCUAGAUGAUUUUUUUUAUUAGUAACCUCAAUUCUAUUUACUUUACCAUCAUCAUUAUUCUUUCCACUCCCUAAUGUCUCCUACACUAUCAACAUACCAUAGCAUAAUUUAGACCUCAAGCAUGAAGCAUGUAUAUACGUUGACCACAUGAGUAACAUCAUAAGCCUCUUUCAUACAUAGCAUAAUCAAUCAAGAAGACAACCAAAUCAAUUAGCAAAAGCAAAAGUUCUUCAAUCACCAACUCCACUCCACCAACUCCACUCCACCACUACACUCCCACACCCACCUACUCCCUCCACUUAAGUCAUUUGGCUGAAACAUAUCCUCACACAACCUUUAGCCCCACUAAGAAGAGUAAAAGCCUCACUUCCCCUCCAUAUUCCCUCCAUUUUCGUCCCUCCUCCUUUCCUCCACUCUCACAACUUUUCUCCCACCAUUAUCACACUCCAUAGAAGCCCUUGAUGCCCCAAGAGAAGUAGCAAAGCAAGGGAGAGCGUGGAAAAACUAGGGCGUAAAGUUAGAGUGAAGGUUGUGCUUCGAGGGUGAGUUUUCUUUGCUUUUUCUCAACUGAAAAUGCUUUAUGGCCAUGGAUUUUUACACAUAUGUGUGCUAAAUUAUGUGAGGAUAUGUUUUAUGAUUUUGGAUGAUUAUUUUGGUAGAGUUUAUUGGGUGAAAAACCGUGCAUGAGGUAAGGCAGCGAAUCUGCCAUAAGCACACUGCUCCGACAGUGUUUUGCAAGGCGAUUCCAGCCAUCCAAACGGUUCCCAAAAAUUCCCAAAUUAAUUGUGUAUUAUCUUUCAUAUGUUUUCUAUACUUUGGUAAAAUCUCAGAAGGUUUGAAGCUCUUAUGAUUUAUUUAUGAAUUUGUAAACAUCACUGCCCAUCUGGAAUACAUUUUUGGUAAACAAUCUUUGGGAGGCCAUAAGUAAAGUUUCAAUCGGUGAAAACCUUUGAAACUUGAAUAUGUCACUCUAGACUUCCGUAUCUUUCUUUUGAAAUCGGCCUCACCAUUUUUGAGUAAGGGAAACAACCGGUAUAAAUUCUUGAAAUCUAGUUCUUAUUCCUUGUACCAUCCAGUAGAUUUUACAAACCUACGACUUUGAGGUGGCAAAUACCGACUUAAAUCUUUGAUUCUCAAGCCUAUCUUUCUACUGAAUAUUCACUGACAUGUUGGGAACUUACUUGUUCAGUUUUAGAAUUUUUGGUGAAGCCUAAAGUGGUUUUUCCGAUUUAUGUUCUGAAUCUGCCAAACUUGAACUCUUUUUGUGCAUUGAACUUUAGAUAGUCAUAUCUUCUAAACCAUGAAUGUUCUUAGAGUAAAUCCAACUGGAGAGUGUUAUGAUCUCUCCCUAGUUUCCAGAUUGACCCUUGGGGUUCCCAGUGGAGUUUUGUAAAGGGAGAUAUGAAUUUUUAAAGAAAGCCCACUGACUUGGUUGUAAUCUGGAAAUCUGAAAUUUUCAGAUUUUUGCUUGUUAAAUACCCAUCUUUGAGAGGGCAUAUCUUGCUCGUUUGAAUUGUUUUUCAUUCGAUUCAAAUUGAAGAAUGAUCCUUGAAAUGUCUAGUUUCCAGAAUGUCUUUUGGAGCCUCAUUUGGAGAUCCGAGGCAGAUUUGGUGUCUGUUGCAAAAUAACCCCUUAAGAGCUCAAGUUGUUGAAUUAUUUUCUAUGUAUCAAAGUUUAUUUUAAAGGAUGUUUCAUGAAAGAUUUAGUAUAUGUGCGUAACAAGUUUGGGAAUAUUUAUUUUAAAUGAGGUCCGUUCUUUAUUUAAAUUAUGAUGGACUUUUAAUGAAUAUUUUUGGGAUUAAACUCUUAUUUCUGGAUUUAUAUAAAUUAUUUUUUUUAAGGACUUAUAAAUAUGAAUUUCGUAGGCCUACUGACCUACUGUGAUCGACGGUUUGUCGAUGUCUAAUAGCUUUGAAAACUUUAUAGCAAGUCCCUACAUGAGUCUUGAGUACCCUGGUAAAAUUUCAAGCCAUUCCAACUUCGUUUGAUACUUCUUUAAAAUGCGAAACCUAAACUGCACAUAACUACCGAGAAUUUCAGAGAACAGAUGAAAGAGUCAUUUAUUUCAGUAGCUUCCUGUGUGAUCUAGCUUUCCAAAUUUUUAUGGUAUUAACCUUAUUGUGUUAGCUAGAUAUCCACCAAAGUUGAGCCCAGUUUGACAACGUUUACUAUUUUUCAAAAAUCCAAGUUUUCGAUUGUUCAAAACUGCCGAACAUGGUAGAUCGUGGUAAAAAACGUCAUAUCUCUCAAACCACUUGGAGUUUUCGACUCUACUUUUUUUUAUAUGAAACUAGAUUCGAAGAUCUUUCUUUCGGUAUGAGUCUCGAGUCCAGGAGAUGUCGGAGUCAGAACAGAUUAAAUUUUGAAGUUGAGUCAGUGUAAAAACAGAGCAUGUUUUGAUGAUGUUUGAUUGUGAUUCUUAUGUGCCUUAUGUGUUUGUGUUGCCUAUGUGUUUGAAUGAGAUUAGACGAGGUAUGAUUGAUUUUUGACUGUCUUUAAUGUAACGAAUUAUGGAUGCUAGAACCCUAAAACACUAAAAGAUACCCUAGGCACGUAGAAUUAGACUUUGUCUUAUGACAAUUACUUCACGAACUUAUCGACUCUUCAUCAAUGAAGGUCCGGGCGACAGAAAGUGAAGCCGAAGAAGAAACGACUCCACGCCAGCUUUAAGAACAAUUGAGGUUGAGCUGUGAUGGGCGAUGAAGUGUUGUUGCUGAGUGGAGUUUUUGUCGAACUUAAAGUAGGCUCAGAAAGGAUACAUGUCUUCAUACAUGUAUCUCAGUUAUGCAUUCCGCUAUAAACACUGAUUAUUUCAGUUACAUCUUCCGUUGCAAACUCUGAUAAUGUUUUAGCCAAGCCCCUAACGAUGCCUUUUUCCUUUUAAGGAAUAUAACGCGUAUACAAGUUCUUUGAGUACCCUUUUUAUGCGACCUAUGCCUUUUUCCUUUUUAAGGAAUAUUUCACGCGUAUUCAAGUCCUUUGAGUAUUCUUUUAUACGCCCCUUUCUCAACCCGCUUCUUAAUUUCCCUUCCCCAGUCAUGGUUUUCCCGGAUUAAUUAUCCUUAAUUAAGGCCGGUCGUGACAGAGUGGUAUCAGAGCAGUUCGUUUGCUCUGAGCCUAAGAGUUUAUUUAAGCCAAACUUUGAAUUGAUCACUAAAGUGUCUAGAGUUCAAUCGACAAAGCUCAGCACUUCAUCGCAUCACACUCAACGAAGCAGAAUGAAUGCCGCCUAAGAGAGGACGCCCUGCGAAAAACAAUAACAAUCGCAGAAACCGUAACGCUGUACCCGAAGAACCACAAGAUGCUCGAGGACAUAACCCAUCCCCUCCGCCUCCGACUAGGAGAGUCGAAGAACUCUUUUUAAGGCAAAAUCCACCUACGUUUGACGGAACGAGUGAACCGGCUGAAGCUGAGAUUUGGGUGCGUGCAAUGGAACGCAUUUUCAACUUUCUACGUUGUACUGAUGAGGAGCGCCUAUCUUGCGUCUCUUUCCAACUAACAGGAUCAGCUGACUUCUGGUGGGAAGCACGUCGAAAAAUUCUGACACCUGAACAAUGGGCAAGUUAUACUUGGGAAGAUUUUAAGACGGGAUUAUAUGAUAAAUAUAUUCCGAAAAGCUAUAGGAAGAAGAAAGAAGCUGAGUUCUACGAGUUGAAGCAAGGAAAUAAAUCUGUGGUUGAAUACGACAAGGAAUUCUGCAACCUGUCGAGGUUUGCUCCACAACAAGUGGACACAGAUGAGAAGAUGGCAGAAAAAUUUUGUGCCGGUCUACGGUACGAAAUUAAGAUGGCUCUAGCAAGCCACGGAGGACUCUCAUACACGGAGUCUCUGAACAGGGCACUUGACAUUGAAGCUGCAAUGCCGUCAGACAAGUCUGCCCCACCAUUGAUCUCAAUGCCAAAUGAUCCACCAGUAGCCUCACAUACUCUCAAAGGGAAGCGCAAGUGGGACAACAACGAAGACAAUAUCAAUCAGACUAGUAAGAAAGUGUGGCAAGAAAAGGAACGGGCCGAACAAUUUAUUCAACCAAGGUACGAGGCACGAACUAACCUCGAGUCAACUGGGGGUAGCCAAAGUCAGAGAGGAAUUUCACCUUGCCCAAAUUGUGGUAAGAUGCAUAGGGGUAUCUGUCGAGCUGGAACUAACGGUUGUUACAAUUGUGGCCAAAAAGGUCACUACUCCACGCAAUGCCCCAACAGACAACGAGGUUCAGUAAUUGGGAACACCCGCACCCCCUUGCCAGCAAUACGUGGACACUUGCGAAAUCAGUCUCAAUCACAUCAGUGAAAAUCUUAUGGAGACACCGCAGACAAGAGAAGCUACGCGGGAACUUGAAGACAAGAUGAAGGAAAAAUACCCCGAACUGUUUUAGCAGAGAUAUGCAAAUUUCGGGACGAAAUUUUUGUUAAGAGGGGUAGUAUGUAGUAGCCCGCUCUUUUAAUUAUGAGUAAAACUAGUAAAUGCAAUUUUUAUAAAUGAAUCCAGUUUAUGGUCCUGAUUUUUUUUAUCAGAAACGGAGUUAUUAUUUUAGCUUUAUACUUUUAUAACGUAUGAGAAAAACGCGACGAGGAUUAUUGAGCCAUUCAAUAAUUUAUUAUCCAGUUUAAUAACUGACUUAGCAAAGUCAAGUUAUUAAUAGAAAUAUUAUUUCUAUUAUUUACUUGGAAGUCGUGAUCUAAUUCCGAAUCAUAAGAACGAGUUAAAUUAGAUAUUUAAUUCGUAGAGAGUUAUAACGAAGCGUCGUUAUUUAGUAGAACCCAAUAUUAGUUUUACAAAUACUUGAUUAAUUAAUAUUAAUCAAGCUAGAUGAUUUUUUUUAUUAGUAACCUCAAUUCUAUUUACUUUACCAUCAUCAUUAUUCUUUCCACUCCCUAAUGUCUCCUACACUAUCAACAUACCAUAGCAUAAUUUAGACCUCAAGCAUGAAGCAUGUAUAUACGUUGACCACAUGAGUAACAUCAUAAGCCUCUUUCAUACAUAGCAUAAUCAAUCAAGAAGACAACCAAAUCAAUUAGCAAAAGCAAAAGUUCUUCAAUCACCAACUCCACUCCACCAACUCCACUCCACCACUACACUCCCACACCCACCUACUCCCUCCACUUAAGUCAUUUGGCUGAAACAUAUCCUCACACAACCUUUAGCCCCACUAAGAAGAGUAAAAGCCUCACUUCCCCUCCAUAUUCCCUCCAUUUUCGUCCCUCCUCCUUUCCUCCACUCUCACAACUUUUCUCCCACCAUUAUCACACUCCAUAGAAGCCCUUGAUGCCCCAAGAGAAGUAGCAAAGCAAGGGAGAGCGUGGAAAAACUAGGGCGUAAAGUUAGAGUGAAGGUUGUGCUUCGAGGGUCCGGGCGACAGAAAGUGAAGCCGAAGAAGAAACGACUCCACGCCAGCUUUAAGAACAAUUGAGGUUGAGCUGUGAUGGGCGAUGAAGUGUUGUUGCUGAGUGGAGUUUUUGUCGAACUUAAAGUAGGCUCAGAAAGGAUACAUGUCUUCAUACAUGUAUCUCAGUUAUGCAUUCCGCUAUAAACACUGAUUAUUUCAGUUACAUCUUCCGUUGCAAACUCUGAUAAUGUUUUAGCCAAGCCCCUAACGAUGCCUUUUUCCUUUUAAGGAAUAUAACGCGUAUACAAGUUCUUUGAGUA